UGUGUUUUUCUGAAACGAAGCGAGUUAGGUCUAUCAAUCAAAUUUUUUGUACUAUAUUAAAAUAUUCAGGUAAUAUGCCUAAAUAUAUAACAGAUUUGCGUAUGACGUAAUUUAUAUCAAUUUGUAAGCUGAGAACAAAUCCAUACAACAGAAAGAAUAGGAAGCAGAAAAAUUAAUGCAAUUUUUUGUAAUUAGAAAUGUAUUCAACAACGCAAGAGAUUCAAGGAAAAUGUUUUAACAACACAGAGUAGCAGGUGCGACUUAAGGGGGUAUUCUAGUCUAGAGGCCCGAAUUUCGAGCAUUUUUUGACGAUGAAUAAAAAAAAGCUAUUGAUAUUUUUACGAUACAUUUUUUUAUCAUUUAUUUAUUCAUAUAUUAGGAGCACACAAAAUAAAUUUGAAAAAAAAAAAAAUGAAUUUUUAUGGAGUUAUGCGUCCUUGAAGUGGAAGGGGGGCAAAAAAGGCAGUGUCCCCGUCGUCACGAUUUCUACCCUUGUGGUCAUCUCAAAACAAAAAAAAAUACAAAUUCUUAAUUAAUAUGAAUGUCAUUAUCGUAUGAACCAGAAAAAACGGAAAAAAAAUUUUUUUCCAUAAAAUGGCGGCUACUCAAAUAAUUGAGGUCGAUUUUUCUCUUAUUUUUAAGCUUUCUCGAAUUGUUUACACAUAUUAAAAAAUUGAAAUUUCCAGUUUUUCGAGCUUCAUACGAUAGAGAUAUAUUUAAGGAAUAUUCAUGACAAAUUUCAAGUAAAUCGGUAGAUUAGAACUUGAGAUAUCGUGCCGACCGUAUCGAACGAAGUAGUUUCGAGAAACACGCGUUUGAAUUUCGCCGUCCGCUCAAACCAGUUUAGCUGUCGCGUCACUAAAAUAGUUGUAAUUUCGAAAAUAAUUUUGCAAAAUCCUUUUAGGGAGAUAUUUUUGAAUACCUAAACUAUCGAAUUUUGAAAAAAAAAAUUUUCGAUUUUUUCAAAUUUCUAGACUAGAAUAGACCCUUAAUAAAAUUUGCAGAAAUAGUAAAAAUUUCCAUUUUAUUAAUUACAUGUAAUUGAAUUUCGGAUCAAACAACUUAAAACGAUUUAGCAGUUUUUUCUGUUAGGCACUAAAUUGUUUACUUUCUGCGAAAUAUUUAAUCAAUUAAUCUUUUGUAGCUCUAACUUAGGUAGGUGAAAUGGUUGAAGUGCCAGCCUUGCACUCCUCAAGCCGUAGCUUAAGUUACCCUCUUAGUAAGCGACUAAAAGUUGCUAUGAUAAAUCAGAAUUUAUUGACCUCAAGGCAAAACCUCUCAAACUCACCUCAGUUGUUUUGUGAGAAGUGCAUCGGCAUACAUUCCGUUAACUAUUCUCCUCCAACGCCAAUGCUUCACGAAUAAUUUCCACCAAUCAGCUGCUCUUCCUAAUUAAUAUCUCUCAUUUGCGCAUUUCCGUUCUGCGCGCGGAAUGUUAUUUUACAUUAAUCGAAAAAUUAUAUAAACACAAAGCGACGGGAAUAGUAAAAAUAGAUAGGUAAACAACACAUUUUUCAUAUCGCACAGACCAAUAAAAUAAUUAACAAUAAAACGAUUAAUUUUUCCGUUUGCAUUUAACAGUCGAGAUAUUAAAUGAAUAAAAAAUUCUUUGUUACCUGUGUAACAUUUCAUUGAACAAAAAGACAAAAGAAAAAACACAAAACAGUUUUGCCACCAUCAAUUUGCAAGCUAGCAAAGGUAUUAUAAAUAAUAAUAAAAAGUAAUAAAAAAUAAAUAAAUGAGUAAAAAUAAUAAAUGCACUUGUCCCCGUAAUCAGAGCCGGCAAAAAAUUUAAAUCAUUAAGAUUGAUUAAUACUCAUUGCCAGAGGGGACAACAAUCGGUUUGCGGUGUGACUCAAAUGCGAUUAUUAUUAUUUGCAGCGAUAUCGAUGGACUCGUACGGCGUAAAUGUUGGUAAUGUUUGGAGCAAUAAACAAAGAAUAAGUAGCAGUACAUGAAAUACGAGAAAGAAAUGGUGGCUUAGCAGCUAGAAACCAGUUAGGCUAAUUUAUUUAUUGGAGAAAUAAAAUAUUAAAGACUAAAAUAAUAAUAAUAAGAAAAUAAAAAUAAUAAAACUAAAAAUAAAGAGAUAAAAUAAAAAAGGUUAAAAGAUAAAAAAAUAAAAAUAAUAGCAAAAAUAAAAAUAAAUAGAUAAAAUAAUAAACGUUAAAAUAAUAAUAAUAAUAAAAUGAAAAUAACAGUAACAAUAACAAAACUCGACUGAUUAAUAAUAAGCGCCCAAUUUUGUCAUUUGUCAGUUGUCAAAUAUAAAUUCGCCUGCCAAUUGCAGUUAAGUGUAGAAACGAAAUUCUGCGAAACCCGUUCUUCACAGCGCAAUGAAGUUAAUAAAUUAAUAAAUAGGUCAUAAAGUCCAGCGCGUAUUUGCACUUUUAGUUAAGCGACGAGGUUGUAUUUAACUAAAUACUUAGAAAUGAUUUGUUAAGUGGUUAAUCUACCUUCUGCUCAAAUAUGAAAGAGACGUUAUCAAUAAAACAGUCCGCGAAUGACAUAUGGCAAAAAUAAUUUUUUUGUUUUUUGCUAGGACUGUUAUAAGCUUACAUGGCAAAUUUUAGCGUGAUAUGUCACAUAGUUUGUUUUCUGUGCUACUGUAAACAAGUCAAGCUCGAGUGUGUUCUUCGAAUUUAACGAUGGAAAUUCAAGUUGAACAAAGAAUUCGGCUUCAGACGCCUUAAAAAUGUUGCAGACAACCUAUGGGGACUCUGCUCUAUCGCGUGCACGUGUUUUCCAGUGGUACAAAUCGUUCAAAGAGGGCCGUACAUCGGUUGAAAACUUGCCUCAUGAACGUCGUCCAGCAACAUCAGUAAACGACGAAAACAUCGGAAAAGUAAAGGAAAGUGUGCUUGAAAAUCGCAUAAAUCGCAAACUCGGUUAACGCUGAAUAUUAUUUAGACGUUUUAAAGCGUUUGCGCGAGAACAUUCGUCUUAAAAGGAAGGAAUUGUGGGACAACAAGUCAUGGUUCUUGCAUCACGAUAAUGCACCAGCUCACACAUCACGUCUUGUUCGCGAUUAUUUGAACAAAAAUAAUGUUAAUAUCGUUCCGCAAGCACCGUAUUGGCCUGAUAUGGCUCCAUGUGACUUUUUCCUGUUUCCCAAGUUCAAGUUGCCGCUCCGUGGAAAACAUUUUGAGACAAUUGAAGUCAUAAAAGAGAAUUCGAAGAACACACUCGAGCUUGACUUGUUUACAGUAGCACAGAAAACAAACUAUGUGACAUAUCACGCUGAAAUUUGCCAUGUAAGCUUAUAACAGUCCUACCAAAAAACAAAAAAUUUAUUUUUGCCAUAUGUCAUCCGCGGACCGUUUUAUUCAUAACGUAUCGUUCAUAUUUGAGCAGAAGGUACAUAUAUAAAAGAAAGAAAUGAUAGAAAAAUCCACACAUACCUAUAAAUGAAAUAUCUGUGAACUUCUAUUUUAAGAUCUUUCAAGUGGGUUGCCUGUUGUUCAAGUUAGUCUAAAAAAUUAUAAAUUUUAGCGGUACUUUCAGCGACAUUAAGUCUGUUCAUGAGGCAAAUAUUUCUUACAAAUUAUAAAAUAUGUAUGUUCAUAUACCCACAGUACUUGCAAAGUAGAGGAAAGUGAGAGAGCAAAAUCACAUUUCAUUUUGAGGGGAAAUUGCAAGUUUUUACUGGAUAAAUUUUUACUUGGAAGAAUUAAAGGAUGAUAGAUACCAGGUUUGCUCGUUAGGUAUGGUGAAAAAAAAAUGUUUGAGGGGAACUUUUUAUUCUACGUUCCUCUAAGCUAAAGCUAAAUUUUGUGAACCACAAAACGAAUGACGUCGGCAUAUCUGUCACAUUCGCUUAGAGCCGAAUAACGGUCUGUUAGGUAGUACACCUCUAAAAAUCUUUUUAACAUGGUAAGAAUUUACAAGCAACAAAAGCGGCUGAUCGCAAAGUAAAAAUAAAACGAAUUGAAAUUUGCGAAUUGAGUCGAAAUUCUAAAUAAAAAUAAAAAUGGUGAUUAAAAUGGGGAAUGUAAGUAAAGAUAUUUUGGAUAGAAGUCUUACUAUAUAACACACGGGAUGUGAAGUACGCGGCCUAACAAAGAAAACACCUUUUUUAUUCAAAAUGAGUUUUAUUCCUCAGCGUAAUUUCCACCGGGCUGAAAAGGACGCGGUCUAACGAAGAAAACUUGUUUUUGUUUUUAAUUCAAAACUAGUUUUAUUCCUCAACGUAAUUUGUUGUUUGCCAUAUGUGGAUGUUUCUUUGCAAUUUCGUCCAUUAAACGGUCCAAUAACGCUAAACAAUAAUCACUAUUUUAUGGUAUUUUUCUUCUCAAAAUAGUCGACGAAUAUUACAUCACGCACAUCCCAAACUACCGAGGCCAUAACCUUUGCAGCCGAUUGUUGUGCUUUCGGGCGCUUUGGACGAGGUUCAGCAGGUGCUGUCCACUCAAAUGAUGGUGGAGUGAUGGAUCCACGUUUUAUCCAUUCACACAUAUCGAUGCAAAAAUUCCGGUUCAUUGCAGUUAAACAUGGCCAAACAGUGCUCAGAAUCAUCAACACGUUCUUGUUUUUGGUCAACAGUGAGCAAACGGAGCACUCGCUUUGAACAUAGCUUUUUCACACUCAAAUGCUCGUGCAAUAUAAAGCCAACGCAUUAUUUUGAUAUCUCUAUGAUGUCUGCUAACUCACGCAGCUUCACUUUUUGAUCAUUCAAAACUGUUUUGUGGAUUUUUUUGAUGUUUUCUAGUGUUACCGCCUCAUUUGAACGUCCACUGCGUUGUGCCUUAUCGGUGUCUCUACGACCAGGUUUGAAGUCAGCCAACCAUCAUUUUCUUGCUGUUUCUGAUGAAGCGGAGUGCCCAUAACCUUUUCAAGCCAUUGCUUCACUUAAACGGUACUUUUUCCCAUCAGUGUAAAGUUAAAACACAAAAUUCUUUUUUGAUUUCCAUUUGAUUUUGAAAAUAACAAAAGUAGCGUCACUCUUAGCACAAAACUCACGAACUAAUGAAUAGACUAUCAUGAAACUUUAACAGCUGUGUUUUCAAGGUUAGUAUUAACUGAAAAAGAGGCGAAUAAAUAAAUAAAUAAAACUAGUACCCUCUAUGUGUAAGGCCCGGGACUUUUCAGCCCAUGUGUUACUGCUAUAAAUGCCAAAGUUCAGUUUUGCUCUAAAAGAGCACGCAAAGGCUAUUUUCUUCAUAGAAUGCUUAGAAAAAGCGGCCACUGAGAGUAAAAUUUCAAUAUCAAUUAUCAAAAAAGCCAUAAAUACAUACAUACAUACAUGUUGACGUGCAAUCGCGCAACCAGCAAUUUUCUCAGAUGGCUUUUGUAUAAAAUUUAGUAAUCAAUUUCUUAUCUAAUAACUGUAUUGAAGAUUAUUCGUAGUCAAGUAUGGAAAGCUUUUAAAAUAUAAAUCGUCUAGUCUACUCUCACAGUCGAUUUUGUAAUGUUGUCGCAACUAUUAUUAUUAUUCACUGCGGUCCUGCUCUGCUGUGGCAACUGCGCCUUUGCCACCACAGUCGACUGGUGGGAGUCUGCUACACUUUAUCAGAUAUACCCGCGAUCGUUUAUGGACAGUGAUGGCGACGGAGUGGGCGAUUUGAAUGGCAUUACGUCACGUCUGGAAUAUCUCAAAGAAAUCGGUGUAACUGCAACUUGGCUUUCACCAAUCUUCGAGUCACCGAUGGCAGAUAUGGGGUAUGAUGUAUCUAAUUUUACUAAUAUCGAUCCACUGUUUGGCACAAUGGAGGAUUUUGAUGCAAUGAUUGCAAAGGCCCAUAAACUAGGACUGAAGAUUAUUUUAGACUUUGUGCCCAAUCACUCGAGUGAUGAGUGCGAGUGGUUCCAGAAAUCCAUACGUCGUGAAGAUGGUUAUGAUGAUUUCUAUAUGUGGGAGGAUGGCAAAAUUGAUUCGCAAACAGGCGAACGUGUGCCGCCUAGCAACUGGGUGAGCGUCUUCAGUGGUUCGAUGUGGACGUGGAACGAGCAACGUCAGCAGUAUUACCUGCAUCAAUUUUUGGCAAAACAACCGGAUCUCAACUUCAGCAAUCCAAUGGUGCGUGAGCAUAUGCAGGCAGUGUUGCAGUUUUGGAUUGAUCGUGGUGUGGAUGGCUUUCGUAUUGAUGCAGUGCCACAUAUUGGUGAGAAACAGUACGCGAAUGGCACAUAUCCCGACGAACCGAGGAGUGGCUGGAGCGAUGAUCCCAAUAGCUAUAAUUAUCAUGAUCACAUCUACUCAAGAGAUCAACCGCUGACACUUGAGGUUGUCUACGAGUGGCGCAAGUUCUUUGAUGAAUACAAGAAUCAGAAUGGUGGCGAUACUAUAGCUUUGAUAGCUGAGGCCUACUCCUCGGUUGACGUUUUGAGCGACUACAUUAAUAAUGGCACACACGCAGGCACACAAAUACCAAUGAACUUCAAUUUAAUGUCGCUGGAUUCCCAUUCGACGGCUAGAAAUGUUGAGCAGCUUACCAAGAUAUGGAUGGAUACAAUAUGGGAAAGACAUCACAGCGCUAACUGGGUGCUGGGCAACCACGACAGCGAUCGCCUGGCUACACGUAUGAGUCAACAAAAGGUGUAUCUGAUGACUAUGCUGGUGCACGCAUUACCCGGCACAUCAGUGACUUACUAUGGUGAAGAAAUUGGCAUGUCGAAUGUAGAUACUGAAUGUACUGAAGUUUCUUGCGAAGAUCGUGAUCCUGAGCGCACGCCCAUGCAGUGGACUAACUCAGCGCACGCCGGCUUCACUACUGGUCCAACCACUUGGCUGCCGGUAUCUUCCGAUUAUGAGGUAAUUAACGUAGCAACGGAACGCGGUGUCGCACGCAGCACUUUGCAGAUCUUCAAAGGAAUGACGAAGUUGAAGCAAACUCCAGCUUUCAAAGCGUUCAAGGAUGAUAAUGGUUUCUCGUUUGGUGCCGUGUCGGAGCAAGUAUUUCAAGUUGUAAGAACCGCCGUCAAACGUGAAGAAUAUCGAAUACUCAUAAAUAUGGGCAAUAGCAUAGAAUAUUUGUAUGGCUUGGCAAACCAAACGAUGGAGUAUGUGCUACUCAGUCCGUACUCUCCACACAGCUAUGGCGAAAAAGUUGAUUUGAGUCAGCGCAUAUAUUUGAUGCCAUUUGAAGCGGUUGUUCUCUACUCGUCGGCUGAAAGCAGCUGAUAUGUUCCAAUGCUGGAGAUGCCCAGAAUUGUAGUACCUAAAUGUUUAUUUUCUACAUAGCAAUUAACCCGCAUUUGUACGUAUAUUUAUUUGUAUAGUAUUGGGCAAUAAAGUUUGCAUCGGUAUCUUUAUGUAUCUACGCUAAUAAGGAAUAAACUACAUAAUAUAUGGGCAUUCAAAAAAAAAAAAAAAACUUCAUAAUAAGACUACGGUGCUUGCGUUUGACCCAUUUUCACUGAGUAUCGCAUUUAUAUGUAUGCAUAUUUUUUGUUAUUUGUACUUUGGUUUAGUGACAUCCAUACCCAGAAGCCGCAACGCCGAUUAAAAACUCAUCAAAAACUAUUUCUAAUAUUGUUGUGCUGUAAGACUUUUUAUACAUCUUUAUUGUCUUCUUAACCAAGUAGAACGAAAGCAUUUUUACGUAGCUCUGCAAAAUACGAAUAUAUAUAUAUAUAUAUAUAUAUAUAUUAAAAAUAGUGGAAUUAAAAAAUAAUUAAAAAACCCAAAAAAUUAAGAAAGCAGAAAAAAUAAGCAAAGUGGGUGCCUACAGAAGAUUUACAAAUUGGGGUGAUAGCGCUCCAAAAUGCGCGCCCUAUUUUUCGUUUCAUUUUCAAACUAUAACAAAAUAUAAUACAAAUGCGAACUAGUGACAUUCCAACUACAACAUACUGUAAGUAUGGCUGUCAUGUCAUAUUAAAAACCCAUCAUCCGUAUCGGAAAAUUCAAUGCAUGAAUAUACGUAUACUCGUAGUACCUACUCACACCUACAUAUACCUAGUACGUGGAAUAAAAUUUGUUCACCUUUAUCACCACAUUCAGCCUGCGCCAUUACCCCUUCACUCAAUUUGUUAUGGGAAAUUCUCUUGAUUGAUAAUCAGUGUGCCUACGCCCUUGAAUUUCCUAUGCAGUUGCUUCCUGGAAAACAAAGCUUAUCGAUUGUUGUAAUGUAAUUUUAUUACUACUUAGUUUUGAUAGCAGAAUUCCCAAUGAUUCUCUCUAAAACAUCAAUCAAACUAUUGUAUAUAAAUUAUGAAAUACUUAGUCACUACAAACUUGGUAUGGUGUGUGUAAAAAAGUAGCGGAUGUUCUAAAACUCUCUGGAGAUCAGCAAUUCUCCUGAGGAACAAUAAAAAGUUGAAUACAAGUUUUGCGCUAUGAACGAUUCCCAGUGGGCCAAUUCGAAUAGUUUGAACAAUGCAGCUAUCAGCAACUUAAUUAGUGCGCCGUGUAUGUGAGUGUGCAUUUAAAAUUUUUUCGCAACAUAGUUGAGGUAGAAAUUCUCAUAAAAAAUACAUUUAGUAUUUUAAUUACUGGAAACUAGUGAGUGCAAUUGAUCAAUAAAAAAUUUCACAUUCGCGCUCAGUAGAAAGAAUUAGGUGUUGGCUACAGGAAGGAAGAAUGCAAUAUUUUCAAUAAUUAGCCAAACUAGGGUAAAAAACUCGAAAUUGGCUUCUGCGUUUAAAGUUUGUUCUACUUUCAACGAAAAUGGGAAUAGUGCAGAAGAGUUUGUGUCUGGAAAGCUUUCACAUAGCCCAUAUACAGCCAUGGACAGAGAAAUAGCACACAAGACUAACUUCACCUCUAACUUCGUUUUCUUCAUUAUAGAACAUAUAAAUAACAUUGAAUUCUUUGCAAAAACAAUCAAUUUAUUUAUAACAUAAAAUUUAAUUUCAAAAAACAAAUGUUUGUCUGUCCCGUUAUUCCUUUCUAAUCAUUAUUGUUGCAAUGCCACCAUAUCAGCUGGACACACGCUGUAAUUAUGUAUAUUGAAAUUUUAAUUAAAAAAUUUAAAGAAUCGCAUCAGAUUCAUCAGUUACCUCAAUAUUUUGUUGAUUGACCACAACUUUUUAUAGUUGCUUGACAUCUUCGGGACAUACUCUCCACUAAUGUCCUGCAUCUGCUCUUCUUCUUCUUCUUCUUCUUAAUUGGCGCGAUAACUGCUUUCGCGAUUUUGGCCGAGUUUAACAAAGCUCGCGAGUCGUUUCUUUCUCAUGCUAACCCGCGUCAAUUGAACACACCAAGUGAAGCCAAAUCCUUCUCCACCUGAUCUUUCCAACGCAGAGGAGGCCUUCCUCUUCCUCUGCUACCACCAGCUGGUACCGCAUCGAAUACUUUCAAAGCCGGAGCGUUUGGAUCCAUUCGGACGACAUGACCCGGCCAACGUAGCCGCUGGAUCCCUAUUCGCUGUGUUAUGUCUAUGUCGCCGUAAAGCUCAUACAGCUCAUCGUUCCAUCGCCUGCGAUAUUCGCUGUUGCCAACGUGCAAAGGUCCAAAAAUCUUACGCAGAAUCUUUCUCUUAAACACUCUAAGCGUCGCUUCAUCGGAUAUUGUCAUCGUCCACGCUUCUGCGCUCAUACGUUAGGACGGGCUUGAUGAGAGCCUUGUAGAGUGUUAGUUUUGUUCCUCGAUCGAGAACUUUAUUACUCAAUUGCCUAUUUAGUCCAAGUUAGCGCCUGUUGACAAGAGAAAUUAUCCGUUGGAUUUAAAGGCUGACAUUGUUAUCGGUGUUAAUGCUGGUUCCUACAUCUGCUCACCGGUAUCGAAUUCCACACUUUUUUGAUUACUUCCCAUAAUUCAUCGGCAUUUUUGAAAAUUUUUCCCCCGAUCUAAACCUUUACAUCAUUCCAAAGGUUUUCUAUAGGAUUAAGAUGGGCCAACUCAAAACUUCUACACGUUCUUUAUUGAACCACUCUUUCACCACCUUUGAUGAAUGUUUAGGAUAAUUAUCCUGCAUAAAUAUCCAAUUUACAGGCAUAUUUUCAAAAGCAAAUGGCUCCAUUGUUCUUUUAAGUAUAUCUAAAUAAAUAUGUUUGUCCAUUUUGCCAUUAAUGCGCACCAAUGGACCAACGCCAUACCACGAAAACGCACCCCAAACCAUAACACUUCCUCCACCAUGCUUAACUGUUUUCUUAGUGUACCUUGAGUUGUACGCUUGGUUUUGUGGGCGAUGAACGAAUGAUUUUCCAUCAGGUCCGAUCCUAUUAAUCUUGGUUUCAUCGCUCCAUAGUACUCUUUUCCAAAAAUGUACAUCCCUAUUUUGAUGCAGCUUUGCAAAUGUCAACCGCGCUUUGAUAUUUUUUUUUUGUAAGAAGUGGUUUCUUCCUGCUAGUUCUUCUAUACAAAUUGGCUUCAUUCAAACGUCUUCUAACCAGUCUACUGGAUACAUCAAGGUUGUGCUCUUCAUUAAUUUCCGUCAUUAUGGCAUUUGAGGACUUAAAAUGAUCGAACUGAUAUUUCCGUACAAUAAUUUUAUCUAAUCUUGGCGUGGUUUUACGUGGCGGAGGCUUUCUUAUUUUUUU